AUGGGAAGAAGUAUUUGGCGUUCACUCGCAGCAAAUGUCACACUUACAGUUGGAAUCGUACUAGGAGUUAAAGCAGCAGACGCUCUAAUGUGGGAUGCAUAGAAAUAUGAUAUGAUGAAGGAGCAAAUUGAGAUUGAUUACUGGAAAAAGUACGGAGAGCCAACUGAAAUAGAGGGCUAGCUCUAAAAAUCAACAAUAAAAGAUGGAGAAUUUUACAUUACUUACCUUAAGGACAAAGCCCCAGAAAAGCAAUUGGAUCAAGUCUAUAAACUUCAUUGA